AGCCAAAUAGAUGUCCAUUAAGAUAUGCACGUGAAGAGUCAUAAUUAUUGAGCUACGAAACAAAUUUCUUAUAUUGAAUAUUCUAAAUAGAUGUGGUUAGCGUUGAAAACAAUUGACAAUCAACUGUCAAGAGGAGUGGUUGCGUCUUCUUCUUGGCGUUUCGAUUUAAUCAAAAUGCUUUAUUUCAUAAUGGACAGACAAUCAAUCAUGGUUCCCAGACGUGGUAAAAGAAUUACGGCUGGGAAGCCAGCAAAAAACCUAACUUUUAGCGAGUCCUAUCUGCGACAGAGAUCAGUGAAGUCGAAAGUAAAAAAAGUCAGAGAAAUAGGAAUGUGUCCUCCAAAGACGUUGGCCAGAGUAGCUGUUGGUAAACCAAAAAACCAGCCGUUGAAUGCUUUAAUAGUUCAAUUAUCAGCCCACCUGUCAUUUCAUCCAACAGUUUACGGGAACAGUUAA